AUGACCACCGAGCGUGAAAGCAAGACUUUCCUGGCUCGCCUUUGCGAGCAGGCCGAGCGUUACGAUGAGAUGGUAACAUACAUGAAGGAGGUCGCCAAGAUUGGUGGCGAGCUCACCGUGGACGAGCGUAACCUCCUGAGCGUCGCCUACAAGAACGUCGUCGGUACCCGCCGUGCCUCGUGGCGUAUCAUCUCCUCCAUCGAGCAAAAGGAGGAGUCCAAGGGCUCCGAGAAGCACGUCUCCACCAUCAAGGAGUACCGCUCCAAGAUUGAGCUGGAGCUCGAGCAGGUCUGCCAGGACGUGCUCAACGUCCUCGACGACAGCCUCAUCCCCAACGCCGCCACGGGCGAGUCCAAGGUCUUCUACCACAAGAUGAAGGGUGACUACCACCGCUACCUCGCCGAGUUCGCCUCGGGCGAGAAGCGCAAGCUCGCCGCCACUGCCGCGCACGAGGCCUACAAGAACGCCACCGAUGUUGCCCAGACCGACCUGACGCCCACUCACCCCAUUCGUCUCGGUCUUGCCCUGAACUUUUCCGUCUUCUACUACGAGAUCCUGAACUCGCCCGACCGUGCUUGCCACUUGGCCAAGCAGGCCUUUGACGACGCCAUCGCCGAGCUCGACUCGUUGUCCGAGGAGUCGUACCGCGACAGCACUCUUAUCAUGCAGCUGCUGCGCGACAACCUCACCCUCUGGACCUCGUCCGACAGCGCCGACGCCGAGGCUGCCGGCGGCGAGGCUGGCAAGAAGGAGGAGGGUGAGGCGUCCAAGCCCGCGGCCGAGGAGGAGACCAAGGCCGAGGAGCCCGCCCCCGCGGCCGGCUCGUAA